AUGGACGCUGCUAUGAAGUGUGAUGGAGUGUCGCACUGUGAUUCUGACGAAUGUGACUGUGACCCCGCUACUCAACCUAACAUACAACUAUUCUACUGCCCUAACACUAUUGUCGGUGGUGCACCCACAAGAGGAGGUUGCAUAACUGAACAGUUCCUGUGUAACGGAUACAGCCACUGUCCUAACGACCACGACGAGUCUCUCUGUUACAACGUUCACACGUGGGUUAGAUACUGUCCUAACGACCACGACGAGUCUCUCUGUUACAACGUUCACACAUGUAAGAACGAAGAGUACAUCAAAAAGGGAGGUCAAAAAGAGUACGUCCCAAAUUACCGGGUUUGUGACGGUUACUACCACUGUGAAGACUUCUCGGACGAGGACCCGGCUGUCUGUGCUAAAUACAAUGUCUCCAAGAAAGAACCUAGAAAGUACAUCAGAUGCCUGGACGAAGAUUCCAAACCAAUAAAGAUAAAGAUCACAGAAAGAUGUAACGGGAAGAAGACUUGUUACAAACAGUGCACUAACUACAGUUUACCCCUGGACCAGAGUACAUGUACAGACUGGUCAGAUGAGGACGGGUGUAGCGAGGAAGAGGGGGAGGUGGAGGAGGCGUAUGUGUGUGAGGGGGAGGGAGUGUUAAGAUACCCCGGGAUUGGAAGUGUGAUACUUACCCUCAGUGUCCUCGUGAGUUAGAACUUAGACUUGUUAUGUGUUUUUAUUGUAUUUUUUUCGAGGCCAGAUAAAACGAGAUAAUUU